CUUCUCUUGAUACGCUUUGCAGUCCUUGAAUACUGGACAUCGGAUGGAAGCUUAGCUAUUGCUUGAUGCCGCCGGGCCUUCGGCCUUCUUAGGAUGACGGUUUAGUCUUGAAAGUUGGAGGAAGGACAUUUUACUGCAAUUUGGCCUUAUAACUGCCAUCUGCUUGCAAGUGGACAGACAGGUAGAGCCGGCAGACUGACAGAGGGACACCCCUGCCCCUCCAGCUGUGCAUGAUCAUAAUCAUAGGUGAAUAAUCAAUCACUCGUGGAAUAAAGAAGGUAUUACGAGAGAAAAGCCGCCUAGACUACAGUGGAGCUUCUAAACAAACCUGAAUACGAUUGGAUUGAAUGACUUCGGAGUGUGGGGAGAUAUUUUUUUAAUAUGCAAAGAUAAAAGUAGAGAUAGUAAAGAGAAGGUAAGUAAUAUUUUUUUCAAGAAAUGCUUGGCUAGUACAAUUCCAUACUUAUUUCUUGUCAUAAGAAAUGAGAUAGCACAGUAAUUCCUUCCUCCGUGCCUCUUUUCUGCUGAAGCUUUCGGGAGGGAUUUCUCCUUGCAUAUUUGGUAAGGGGGUGAAGGGUGGUCUCCAUGCAUCAGUAAUAAAUGAAGAAUCAGAGGACGAAGUUUACGCUGUUGGGUGAGAAAUCAGGAUCAAGUAUGGGAAAUAAAUCCUAUCGAAUUCAAUAGCGCUCGCUCCUUAGCCUGCCCUGGACCACCUUGUCUUGCCUCACCCUUGAAUUCUUCUGUCUUCUAGCCAACUGGAGUAGGGAUAGUUGCCGAAGUUAGGUAUACAGGAUGGUGCAGGAAUAGGACGAGAUUAUCUUCUGUUUAUAAGGGGUGGGGGUAAGAAGUUUGCGCCCUGUUGCUUUCCGACGACUAUCAGCUAUGUAAACCCCCAGGAAGCAUGGGUCUUGGAGAGGGGUGGUCUGAAAGCUGGGGGAUGCAGAUACUGCCGAGAAAAGACCAAACGGAGAACCGAGGGCGGUGCUGGGCAAAGGACGUGAGAAGCUUGGCUUAAGCGGACUGCUCUUCUCCGUUUUCCCUGCGGCCUUCGCGUUCCCUUGCUCUUUGCUGGAUGAUCCCGAAGUGCUUCGGCCGCAGGGCCCUCAGCCGACAAGGAAAGCGGUAGUGGCUGCAGCGCCAUUCGGCUCGCCUGAACCAGGAGUCCGGCCAUGGCAGAGACGGAGAGCGGCGGAGACAGCACGGUGCAUGAGACUCGCUUCGAAGCUGCCGUGAAAGUGAUCCAGAGCUUGCCCAAAAAUGGUUCUUUCCAGCCAACAAAUGAAAUGAUGCUGAAAUUCUAUAGUUUUUAUAAACAAGCAACUCAAGGACCUUGUAAUAGUCCAAGACCAGGAUUUUGGGAUCCUAUUGGUAGAUACAAAUGGGAUGCAUGGAGUUCGUUGGGCACAAUGCCCAAAGAAGAUGCUAUGAUUGCAUAUGUUGAAGAAAUGAAAAAAAUUCUUGAAACAAUGCCGAUGACAGACAAAGUUGAGGAACUGCUACAUGUUUUAGGCCCAUUUUACGAAAUUGUAGAGGAUAAAAAAAAUAAAGGAUCUGAUCUAAUCACAGAUCCUCACAAAGCUGUGCCAGCUGUGAAUGGAAAAUCAGAAAACAAUGACAGUGGAGCAGAAUCAGAGGAAGAGCCACAACCGGAAGAAUUGGGAGAUGGCCAUCAGAUUGAUAAAGGACUUUCAGAAGAAGAUGUGAAACAAAAUUCAUCCUCAGAUAAGGAUUUAGAUGGUGUGGUUAUUAAUGGCAGUUGUCAUGCUGUUUCCAACAUUGAUGUGAACAAUGGCAUACAGACCAAAUCUAACCUGAAUGGCAUCAGUGUGGAUGAUGAAAUAAAGACAAGUGAAAAGUGCCUUGAGUUACCAGUCAUCCCUAAUUGGGAUUCUACCCAUCAAGGUCAAAAUGAAGAUGCCACUGAAGUGUCUGGAAUUCAACUCUUGACAAGUGAUUCAGAUAGUGAAAUAUACUGUGAUUCAAUGGAGCAGUUUGCACAAGAAGAGAUCCUGGAAAUCAGCUCAUCAGUCAAGGAAAUUUCCAGACAUCCGUUAACUUUCUCAGAAGUAGAUUAUAACAAUCUGCUAAAAACUUCUGGUUUUCUUGAACUUGGAAAUCACAAAGCAGAAAGUAUAAAGGAAGCAGCACGUGAAGGAAAAGGUGAAAUCAAAUGUGGCGGUGAAGAUGGCAAAGAAAAUGAUGGAGGCCCUCAAAAAGAGAAGAAAAAUGGUGAAAAGGUUGACAUCUAUGGAGUUCGAAGGGGAAGAGGACAUAGAAUGUACCCUUUAGGAGAUGGUGGCCAAGGUGGACAGAUGGGCAGUGGAGGAGAUGGAGAACGAUGGGGUUCAGACAGAGGACCACGGACCACCCUCAAUGAACAGAUUGCAAUUGUACUCAUACGAUUGCAAGAAGAUAUGCAAAAUGUUCUUCAGAGAUUACAUGCACUUGAGACCCUCACAACUUCACAGGCAACCCUACAGUCUAAUAAUCAACCUGAGGCACCUGUUAAGAAAUUAUCGUGGUGGCCCUUUGAGAUUUCUCCUGGUACUUUAGCCUUUGCUAUUUUAUGGCCCUUUAUUACCCAAUGGCUGGUGCACUUAUAUCUUCAAAGAAGAAGGAGAAAACAGAACUGAGCCUUCUAUUCCUGAUUUUACUUAAAAACUACUAGUAUGGGAGGAUUUUGAAAAAUACUGUAGUUAAACCCAGGAACUAUAAUCUCUGGAAUGAUUAAAACAUCCUUGUCUUUUUCCUUAACAUUUUUUUUUCUUUUUGCACUACUGAAGAUUCUAUACUUGAAUGAGACAUUUUUCCUAUAUUUCUAAUAGAAUAAAUACAACUGUCCUAUUAACCAAUCAUAUGAACUACAAUUAUUAUGACAACACCUUCCUGAUGAACAGUUCAUAUAAUGUCUUAGUUUUCAGUUCCUACUGGGAGGGGGGGGGAAUAAGUCUUUAGAAAAGAGGGGGAAAAUCCGUGAAAGCACGUAUCCCCAUUCCCCAAAUUCCAUGUAACUGUAUGAUUUGUUUUAUAAUGCCAGCUUUUUGAUUAGACAUGCAAGAUAUUGAGUAAAUGGUACAUCCUGAAAGGCCAAAUAAACAAGAUUAUUUCGAUUGCAUUUAAGAGUAAUGAGGAGUCUAAUUUCUAACUGUUACUAUAUGUGAAAGUUUUUUAAUAGUGUUUAGAGACUGUUGAUUUUGCUUCCACAGAUGCCACUAAAAUUAUAUAUUUUUAAAGCCAGAAAACUAUGCAUAGCCAUACAUCUCAGUGUAAUACUCAACUGAGCCUCAAAAAGCACGAUCAAGUCAAAGUAGUUCAUUAGAGAGAAUGCUUAAGAAGGAAAACAGCCCUGAAGAUACUAAAUUCAAUGCAACCUCAGGGCAUUUAUGAACAAGUUAUGAACACAUCUAUUGAAUAAAGAGACAAGUACUGUCUUUAUUUAAAAAAAUCCAAUUUAAUUAACACUUAGUCAUAGAUUUUGCAUAUUAAAAACUUGCUCUAUGAUGCUGUUCUUUGUAAAUGGAUGCCAAUGGAAAAAUGGUGUUAACAGCUAUAACUUUUCUAAAGCUAUGCAACCAACUCUGCUGUUAAGUUACUCCCACCGAUUAAUUAGGACUGGGCAAUUCCUUGUAUUGUAUUCAGCACUGGAGAAAAUGUAUCUAAAUGAAUAAUGAACAAUUAUACUUGCAGGCAGGCUCUUUUUUUUAAAAAAAUGUAAGUCUUAAAAGCUUAUAUGACUGCUUUCAACCCUUUCCGACAUCAGAAUGGAAGGAAGCUUUCAGCCAUGAUGGCCACAGGAGGCACUUCUCACCCCUGCCAUGUACAAGGGGGAUGCAAGCAAAUCUUGACAUACCCCGGGAACCCUAAAUUUGGUGCCAUUAUAUUACUCAAAAGGUGCUUUGUUCUUAUGACUGAAUGUUCCUCAGGGUUAAAACAUCCCCUGCAGUUAGCAUUUUGUCCAGAUAUUUCUCUCGAAUUUAUAAAACAGUAAAUCUUUCAGCUGUAGUUGUUUAAUAUUGCAGAUUUAGUGUGUCUGAGUGUCAACUUGAAGAAAGGUAAAUACUUCAAGCCAGAUAGCUCUUCAUACAGGUGCAUCUGCAGGAUAUGGUCAGAAAACUAAAGCUGGCAACAAUGCAAGUGAUUGAAGUUCUGCUCACAUUUUGUAUAAAAUUAGGCAAAAUUUGGGUCACAUUUUGGCCAUUCUUUUGACCACAUACUCCUGCCUUCCUGCAACAGUUUAUAAAUUCUAUCAGUCUGCAUAGAUAUGAAUAUUGUAUGAAGCCACAGCUGGCUGUUUCUGUAAUGUUUGCAUCUUGCUAAAUCCAGAACAUCCUUUGUUAUACCAUUAUAACCAUCCUUUGUUAUAACAUUAUAAGCAAAAUGUUUAGCUGUUACAGUAAACUUUUAACUUUUCCUUUGUUUUAAUCCUUGCUUUUGUAGUCCAUCCUUCCCCCCUCCAAUUGCUUUAAGGAGAUCAUUUUAGCAUUCACGUUUUACAUUUCUGCCUAUCGAUCCUAUCUAUAUUAGGAUAUAAAAGCUGGUACCACAGUAGUUUACUAAAUACAAUUAGAAAGAUAGAAGACAGAAAACAAUGAAACUAACUUUUUUGGGUUGAUAUGAUCUUCAGCUGUUUUACAAUGCAGCUUAAAAGUGAUUGCCUCCUGGUUAUAGUGAAAAAGAAAAUGAACUAAAACUGACAUAUUUCCAGAUAAUGAUGUUCUACACUGUAAUUGAUCAGAUAAUGGGGAAAAAAAUCUGCUCUUUAAGGUCUCUAAGUUUGAAAAUCAGCUUUAUAUCUAUUAUGUACAAAUGCUGUAAUUGCAGAAGUCAAACACUUCUGCUGUAUUAUAUAGAACAUGUUUUACAGUUAAAUUUUAAGAUAAAUCACUUUAAUCUAUUGUAAAAUAACAUUUCAAAUAAAGGAAUGAUAGGAGUGUAUUACCCUAA